AUGAUGAUGGUUAUGUUGGCGGCGGUUGGCUUUGUAUUCGUCUCUUAGAAGAGUAGCGGCUUUGUGUUUCGUAUCGUAUCGAUUGGCAUGAAAUCUCGAUUUGAUUCUGAUCUCGUAUCAAACAGUUAGUCAGUAGGAUUAUCGAUCGUCAACGGUGGUGGUCGAUUAAAAGAAUCUUAACGCGUAUGAAGAGAAUUGUGCAAUUAUCGAGUCCAUAGAAUCAAGUGCCUUUAAAAAAAGUGUGAUAGUCUCGGCUUUAAAUAAGAAUAGUAGCCUUAAAUAAUCUUUUAGCAAAAAUUAUUCAAACACCUAAUCAAUCGAACUUAUUGUAACUAUGGCCUGCCUAUCGGACAUCGAUUUGGCCACAUUGCAUAAAACGCGCCUGGAGGAGCGUUUCAAUUAUAAAUUAUCCUUUCAACAACCCCACCAUAUAUACGACAAUGGCUAUAGUGGUCACCUAUCGAGGCCUUGUCUCUCCCGCAACAAUGCCAAUGAAAAGGAAUCUUUAAAAUCGCCCCAUCUAAUCGAUUUAAAUGAUAAUUGUGUUAUGAAUAAUUUGUAUAAAAAAAUAAACCGUUUAAAUUUUCUAAAUAAACAAAAGCUAUUAAAUCGUGGCGAUUCAGCAGCGAGUGCGGAAGAAGAGAAUGACUACAAUUAUUUCUCAUCGACAACAAGAAGAAGGCGUUCAGGAACAUGGCCGCGCACACGAAGUUUAAACGCACCUUCACCAUUCCAACAAUUCGGACCAUGUGGACGCAUUAUGAAAAAUCCAGCUAUGGUUAUGCAGAUACAGGACCCGGCCAGUCAACGCCUGACCUGGUACAAGCCCCCACUUACGGUGUUGGUGAUCAAGAAGGUGCGCGACUCUACGGUGAUGGCUCCCUUUGUGCAGCUGGUCGAAUGGUUGGUGCAGGAGAAGCAUAUGGUGGUGUGGGUAGAAUCGGCAGUGUUGGAUGAUCUUUCGCUGCAGGAGGAUAAAAAGUUCCAGAGUAUCAAAGAGAAAUUGGUGACAUUCAAAGAUGGCCGCGAUGAUCUCACCGAUCGCAUAGACUUCAUAGUCUGCCUGGGCGGUGAUGGCACUUUGCUAUAUGCUUCUUUGCUUUUCCAACAAUCGGUGCCCCCUGUAAUGGCUUUUCACCUGGGCUCUCUGGGUUUCCUUACACCAUUCCAAUUUGAUAAUUUCCAAGAACAAGUCACAAAUGUCCUGGAGGGUCAUGCCGCUCUUACGCUGCGCAGCCGUUUACGUUGUGUCAUCUAUCGCAAAAGCGAAAGACGUAAAGACUCCGAUUGCCAACAGCAUCAAAUGAAUUGUAGUCUCUCAGCCGAUAGUGGAGUUUCAAUGGAUUCUUGUGGGGGCUUGCAUAGCUCCAGUGGGAAGACUUCAAGUCGUGCCCCCUCAACAAAUAUUUUGGUUCUUAAUGAGGUUGUAAUCGAUAGAGGACCCUCACCCUAUUUGAGCAACAUCGACUUAUUCUUGGAUGGCAAAUAUAUUACCUCGGUUCAGGGUGAUGGCUUGAUUGUCUCUACACCUACGGGUAGUACCGCGUAUGCAGUGGCGGCGGGUGCCUCCAUGAUACAUCCGUCAGUGCCCGCCAUUAUGGUCACACCCAUUUGUCCACAUUCGUUAAGUUUUCGUCCUAUUGUUGUACCUGCAGGUGUUGAAUUGAAGAUUUCUGUUUCACCCGAUAGCCGUAACACAUCAUGGGUCUCAUUCGAUGGCCGCAAUCGUCAAGAAUUAUUCCAUGGAGAUAGCUUACGAGUAACCACAUCCAUAUAUCCGGUACCCAGUAUAUGUGCUCAAGAUCAAAUAUCCGAUUGGUUUGAUUCUUUGGCCGAGUGUCUGCAUUGGAAUGUGCGCAAGAAGCAAAAAUGCCUGGAUGAGUUAUCCGAUUUGACAGCUUCCGGUUCAGAGGAUACACUGGAUGAGUUGGAAAGAGGCUCAGAUUCUUUGUUAGAUAGUUAAAAAUUUGCAUUGUUUUGUAUUUUUCAAAAAAAAAAAAAAAAAACUCUUUCAAUAAGAAGUAGUAGAAGAAGAGAUAGACAUGAACAAAUAUCAUUAAUCAUUCAUAUUUUAUAAGUCUUUAUAUAUACAGAAAAAAAAAAACUAAAAGCUUAAAUUCUUGAAAAAAAGCUUUAAAUUUGGUGUUAUAUGGCUUAUACAUUAAAAGCAGCUUUACAAAAAGGGGGCCAUACAAAAGCUUCUGAUGUAUAUUUUUGCUGUUUUUUUUAUUAUUAUUAUUAAAAAAUAAUAUUAUUAAACCUUAUAUUGAUUAUAAUGAAAAAUGAAAAGCAAUUUUGUAUUAUGUUAUUACUUAGGGAAAACAGAAAGUAAACAAAUAAUGGAAAAAAAAUUGUUGCCAAUUAGUUUAAUUGUAAUAUUGUUUGUGCUACUUGUUGGAAAGCAUCUGCAUCAUUAUAUAGUGAAAAGUAAGAACAAAAGAAACUCUAUGAAAAACAAAAAAACAAACUGUUAGAAAAAGCUCAAAUUAUGUUAUGGCUCUACUAUUAUUAAAAAAAAAACAAAAAAACCCCAAAUGCUUCAUAUGGCUAAAGGAUAUUUUUUUGCUUGGUAGUUAUGACUAUAAAGUUUAAGACAAACACUGUAUGGCAAUAUAAUUUAGUUUAAUUUAUGUAUGGAUCUAUGUAGGUUUUUUUCCCCCACAAUUUCUAUGAAAAUUGGUUGCUAGUUUUCACAUACCUAGCCCCUGGCACACCCUUAGGUGUUAAACCCUUUUUUGUUAAUAAAUUUUUUUUACAACAAUAAGUAUAAGACUUUUGUUCAUUUUCUUAACAUUAGUUUUAAUAAGAUGCUUAUUUAUAAUAAUUCCUAAAAUAAUGCUGCUUAAAAAGUUCUUAACAGAGGUUGUUGAACAUACAUUUUUUUAUUUGCCUAAAAAUUAAAAACCUCAAAACUUUUUUAAACUCA